AUGCUUUCCCUCAGUUAUCCGGAUGUAUAUUCCAAAAUUCUAUAUGUAUUAGCUGGAUUUUCAGUUCCAAUUCACAUUUUCGGAGGUUAUUGUAUCCUAUUAAAAACUCCUAAAAUUAUGAAAUCCGUUAAGUGGGCUCUGUUCAACCUUCACUUCUGGUCUUCCUUCUUAGACAUUUCCAUUAGCCUGCUCGCCCAGCCUUUCCUAUGUGCUCCGGUAUUUGCUGGAUAUCAAUUAGGGAUUUUGAGCUGGAUUGGUGUACCCACAGACAUCUCGGAAUUGACGAUAAGAACUUUAUAUAUGUUAGUCCCAAUCUCAAUUAUCACAAUGUUCGAAAACCGGUACUACAUCUUAUUCGUUCAAAACGGCUACUGGCAGUAUAUCCGUUACCCAUUUCUAAUGCUCAAUUACUUCGCUGGACUAACCUAUUGCAUUCCAGUCUACUUAGAUGUUCCAAAGGAUCAGGAAAUUGCGAGGCGUAAACUGUUCAAUAAGUAUCCAAAUGCUUGUGAAUUCGCUUCCGACAAGUCUCUAGUAUCUGUGAUCAAUUUUGGGGACACUGCUUGGACGAGGCUUCGAGAUAAUGCUCUGACAUUCACGCUUUUGGUGGAGAUUAUUACUUUUGUUGUGCUUUUGAGAGUGAAGAUGAAUAGAGCCUUAAAGACUUCAAUAUCUGGGGACACACUUCGAAUGCAAAAGAAAUUCAUUAAAGCCUUGAAUAUACAGAUCGCAAUUCCCAUCCUCGUAUUCUUUGUGCCCACAGCUGUUGGAGUUCUGAUAGACCCGGUGAAAGAUGAACAACUGCAACACAACCUGAUAUUCAUUGCAGUGUCAUUUCACGGAGUCAUAUCCACGAUUUUGAUGAUUGAUCUACAAAAACCUUAUCGAGACGUGUUUCUUUCAAUUUUCGGGUGUUAUAGACUGGCGCCUGUUAAACAUGCGACGACGUUGUUUUAA